GCCACCGCCGGCUCCGCCCCCGCUUCCAAGGAGGAGGACGACGAUGACAUCGACCUGUUCGGCUCCGACGAGGAGGAAGACGCAGAGGCCGCCAGGCUGAAAGAGGCACGUCUGGCAGAGUACGCCGCCAAGAAGUCAAAGAAACCCGCCCUCAUCGCCAAAUCCUCGAUCCUGUUGGACGUGAAGCCGUGGGACGACGAGACGGACAUGGCGAAGCUGGAGGAGUGCGUCCGCAGUAUCCAGAUGGACGGGCUGGUCUGGGGACAGUCCAAACUGGUUCCCGUGGGUUACGGCAUCAAGAAGCUGCAGAUCGGCUGCGUGGUGGAGGACGACAAGGUGGGCACAGACAUCCUGGAGGAACACAUCACGGCUUUCGAGGACUUCGUCCAGUCGAUGGACGUCGCUGCUUUCAACAAGAUCUGAAACCUGAAACGUUAAUAAAAAGCACUUGAACACAA